GCGUCUGGAGAGGUGACCACCGCCGGAUCCCGACGCGCAUUUUCCCACACGAUGGGCAGCAGACGAACCGGAUCACCAGCCGCUGCUGCUUCUCAUUCAACAUGGCUCCACUGAGGAGGAGGAGGAGGAGGUGAGAGCGGCGGCUCAAGAUAGAAGCGCUUUUCUGGGAGGGAGGGGGCCAGGCGGCGCUCCCUUGUCUUGUAAGAGGAUCAAGAAAAAAGGGAAAUUAAGCUAUUUUUAAGCGGACACUUUGGACCAAAGCCUCCGGUGACACGAUGAGCGGCGGGCCGGAUGAGAGCUCGGUGCGCGUCGCCCUGAGGAUCCGUCCUCAGCUGGCCAAAGAGAAGAUCGAGGGCUGUCACAUCUGUACGUUUGUGAUGCCCGGGGAGCCGCAGGUGGUGCUGGGCAAGGACAAGGCCUUCACCUACGACCACGUCUUCGACAUGGACACCCAGCAGGAAACCAUCUACAACCAGUGUACCGAGAGACUUAUCGAAGGCUGCUUCGAGGGCUACAAUGCCACCAUCUUUGCAUACGGGCAGACGGGUUCGGGGAAGACCUACACCAUGGGAACCGGCUUCGACGUGCACAUCGGAGAGGAAGAGCUAGGUAUCAUCCCCCGGGCCGUGAACCACCUGUUCAGAGGGAUCGAGGAGCGCAGACAGGCUGCCACCGAGCAGGGCAAGCCUGUUCCUGAGUUCAAGAUCAACGCACAGUUCCUGGAGUUGUACAACGAGGAGGUGCUGGACUUGUUCGACUCGACGCGGGACAUCGAGGCCAGGAAGCAGCGAUCCAACAUCAAAAUCCACGAGGACGCCAAUGGAGGCAUCUACACCGUUGGGGUCACCACCCGCACCGUCACCUCUGCAGCUGAGAUGAUACAGUGUCUGAAGCUAGGCGCCCUGUCUCGUACCACCGCCAGCACCCAGAUGAACGUCCAGAGUUCGCGCUCCCACGCCAUCUUCACCAUCCACCUGUGCCAAGUUCGAGUCUGCUCUCCAGAUAACGACGAUAAUGUGACAGACAACCGUCUCGCCAACGACUCAGAGAUUAAUGAGUUUGAGACGCUGACAGCCAAGUUCCACUUUGUGGACCUGGCUGGUUCUGAGAGACUGAAGAGAACUGGAGCUACAGGAGACAGAGCUAAAGAGGGCAUCUCCAUCAACUGUGGGCUGCUCGCUUUGGGAAACGUCAUCAGUGCUCUGGGAGACAGAAGUAAACGCUCCACUCACGUGCCUUACAGAGACUCCAAACUGACCCGGCUGCUGCAGGACUCACUGGGCGGCAACAGUCAAACGAUGAUGAUCGCCUGUAUCAGCCCGUCAGACCGGGACUUCAUGGAGACCCUGAACACUCUGAAGUAUGCCAACAGAGCCCGGAACAUUAAGAACAAGGUGAUGGUGAACCAGGACAGAGCCAGCCAGCAGAUCAGCGCCCUGAGGACGGAGAUAGCACGACUGCAGAUGGAGCUGAUGGAGUACAAGACGGGGAAGCGUAUGGUGGGUGAGGACGGCAUGGAGGGUGUCAACGACUUGGUGCACGAGAACUCCAUGCUGCAGACGGAAAACAACAACCUGAGGGUGAGGGUGAAGGCCAUGCAGGAGACCAUCGACGCCCAGAGAGCCAGACUCACACAGGUCCUCAGCGACCAGGCCAACCAGGCCCUGGCUAAAGCAGGUGAAGGUAACGAAGAGAUCGGGAAUAUGAUUCAGAAUUACAUCAAAGAGAUCGAGGAGCUUAGAGCUAAACUUCUUGAAAGCGAGGCCGUGAGCGAGAAUCUCAGGAAGAGUUUGUCGCGGGCCUCCACGCGCUCCACGCUGUACGGAGGGCCCGGCUCCUUCUCCCCCGCCCUCUUCGCUCCCGAGAAGGAGGCCAGCGACGUCAUCCAGAUGGCCAAGAAAGACCUGGAGAAGCUCAGGAAGAAGGAGAAGAAGAAGAAGAAGAGACUAAGGCGAUAUGAGGAGAAUCACCACCACACACCGGUCGAACACGCCAGUGUGAUCAGAGAGGGCGUGCCAGACAACGAGCAGGAGCGAGGCAACGAUGAGGCAGAGGCGGAGGGCAGCGACCACGAAGAGGGCGAGGACGCAGAUGGAGAGGAGGAGGACUACGACAUGGCGGGAGAUGAGACGUCUGACGAGUCUGACUCUGAAGAACUGGAGGAGAAAGAGAACGUCCAGGCCGACCUGGCCAACAUCACCUGUGAGAUCGCCAUCAAGCAGAAGCUGAUAGACGAGCUGGAGAACAGCCAGCGGCGUCUGCACACUCUCAAGCAGCAGUACGAGCAGAAGCUGAUGAUGCUGCAGAACAAGAUCAAAGACACACAGCUGGAGAGGGACAAGGUCCUGCAUAAUAUGGGCUCAGUGGAGUCAGGCACGGAGGAGAAGGCCAAGAGGAUCAAAGCGGAGUAUGAGAGGAAGCUGAGCUCCAUGAACAAAGAGCUGCAGAAGCUCCAGUCGGCUCAGAAGGAGCACGCCCGCCUGCUGAAGAACCAAUCACAGUACGAGAAGCAGCUCAAGAAGCUCCAGCUGGAUGUGACCGAGAUGAAGAAGACCAAGGUGGCGCUGAUGCGCCAGAUGAAGGAGCAGCAGGAGAGAAACAGAGCCACAGAGACCAGGAGGAACAGGGAGAUCGCCUCUCUAAAGAAAGAGCAGCGCAGAGCUGAGCACCAACUGAAGCAGAUGGAGGCCCAGAAAAGACAACAGGAGCUGAUUCUUCGCAGGAAGAAUGAAGAGGUGACAGCUCUUCGGCGACAGGUGAGGCCCGUGUCCGGGAAGGCGAGCAGGAAGGUGAGCUUACCUGAACCUCUCCAGGAGCCCUCACAUAGAGCCACCCCGGGAAGGAUGCAUACCUCUGGAGUGUCCCCGUCCAAUGGAGCCAGGAGUUCCCCAGUGUGGAUGGGAAGCAUCAGCAGGACAGCCAGGGCCAAAUGGCAGUCACUGGAGAGACGUGUCACUGACAUCAUCAUGCAGAGGAUGACCAUCUCUAACAUGGAGACAGAUAUGAACAGACUGCUGAAGCAACGGGAGGAGCUGACCAGGCGGAGGGAGCGAGUGUCCAGAAAAAGAGAGAAGAUGGCGGUGGACGGUGCAGACGCCGACCGCUCCCUGGCCUCGCUGAACGAGGAGCUGGAGUCUCUGAGCGCCAACAUCGACUAUAUCAAUGACAGCAUCGCUGACUGUCAGGCCAACAUCAUGCAGAUGGAGGAGGCCAAGGAGGACACAGUGGAUGUGACUGCAGUGAUCAGCUCCUGUAACUUAUCAGAGGCCCGCUUCCUUCUGGACCAUUUCAUGACUUUGACCAUCAAUAAGGGUCUGCAGGCGUCUCAGAAGGAUUCCCAGCUGAAGGUGAUGGAGGGCAGGUUGAAGCAGACAGAGAUCAACAGCGCCACCCAGAACCAGCUGCUGUUCCACAUGCUGAAGGAGAAAGCGGAGAUCAACCCGGAGCUGGACGCUCUGCUGGGCAGCGCUCUGCAAGAGUUAGGUUACCUGUCACCGGAAAACGGAGAUGACAGCAGCAGUGACGAGUCCACCCCCAGUCCAGCCACCGAGGGCAGCACGCUGGCAUCAGAUCUAAUGAAGUUAUGUGGUGAAUCCAGACCGAGAAGCAAGGCUCGCAGGCGGACCACCACCCAGAUGGAGUUGUUGUACGCCGGCAGUGGGGAUCUGUCCUGUGAGUCCCCCACCGGAGACUUCUCGGCCCCUUUGCUGCCCCUCUCGGAGCGUCUGGAAGGGCCGGCAGACACGCAGGGUAACGCGCUUGGUCAAAUCCCUGACCGCGAGCAAACUGUUUCCCCAUCUGCACUGUCUGCCAGGCCAGCUGGCAUUUCUGGAUCCAGGUCACCCACAGGGACCGAGAGGAGGCAACUGGAGCGCUCGCCCCUCAGCCGAAGGAAGGCGCAAGAGAAAGGACCCAUGGCCACGCACAUCCCGGCACCCGCACACACACUUCCGCUAAGCACAGCAGAGGCUAAAACUAAAGGCAGCGACUACAAAUCACUGCUGGAGGAGUCACCUGUAUUUGAAGGCCACAGGGGAGUGAUCAACCCCGUGACGGCCCCCAAGAACAGCCGCGGGGCCAAACUUCAGUGUGUCUAUGUAGCAGAGGGCCACACCAAACCCGUUCUCUGCGUGGACGCCACGGAUGAUCUGCUCUUCACAGGAUCCAAAGAUCGUACAUGUAAGGUCUGGAACUUGGUGACGGGUCAGGAGAUCAUGUCUCUGGCAGAUCAUCCCAGCAGUGUCGUCUCAGUCAGGUACACUUCUAGCCUCGUCUUCACUGUUUCCACUGCUUACAUCAAAGUCUGGGACAUACGAGACUCUGCUAAGUGUAUCCGCACACUCACGUCGUCAGGCCAGGUGGGUUCAGGGGACACCUGUUCCUCUGUCAGGAGUUUAUCCAUUCCACCAGGAGAGAGUCAGAUCAAUCAGAUCGCCCUCAACCCGUCGGGCACCUUCCUCUAUGCUGCCGCUGGCAACGCCGUGCGCAUGUGGGACCUCCGCAAGUUUGUGUCCACGGGGAAGCUGACUGGCCAUUUGGGGCCUGUCAUGUGUCUGACUGUCGACAAAUUAGGCAACGGGCAGGAUGUCGUCCUCACCGGCUCCAAAGACCACCAUGUUAAAAUGUUUGAGGUGGCAGAGGGAGCUCAGGGGAGCAUCAGCUCCAGCCACACCUUUGAUCCCGCUCAUCAGGACGGCGUGGAGUCUCUGGCCGUGCACGGAGAUGUUUUCUACAGCGGCUCCAGAGACUACUACAUCAAGAAGUGGGAUUUAGCCAGUAAGCAGCUGCUACAGCAGUCUGUCAGUGCCCAGGCAGACUGGGUUAGCGCUUUGGGUGUGGUGCCGGGCUCCCCGGUGCUGCUCAGCGGAUGCAGAGGAGGGCUGCUGCGGCUCUGGCACGCCGACUCACUCGCGCCCCUCGGCGAGGUCCGGGGACACGACAGCCCCAUCAACGGCCUGGCCACCAACUGCAGCCAACUGUUCACUGCCUCAGAUGACCGCACAGUGAAGAUUUGGGAAGCCAAAGGAUCUCUGGAGGAGGGAGUCCACUGACACCUGCUUUCUCAUAAUCACCAAACACACCUGAAAUCGAGGAUCGCCUGCUGCCCUUUGCCCAAUCAAAGUGAAUCAUUUCACACAUCGCCGGUGAAUGGCGUUUGGUCGGAGCCCAAAGUUGGUCUGGGGUCUGCAAGUGUGGGGUCAAGAUUGAAAAAUUAUCUUUAAACACUGAUCCUUCACUGAUGGUGCACAGGGAUCAGUUUCAGGGAAGUCUAAUUAGAUGUGACUGCGUUCAGUCCAUCAUGCUGUGUGUACUUUACUUGAUAUUUUAGGUGGAGCUCCGAGCACAACAGAACAGCUGCAAUGGACUGCAUCUUUCAGAAAAAUAUGGACUCAUGGAUCUGCAUCAGUUGAUCCAGUAGUCUCUCCUAUGCUUUCUACAUUCCUGAGUUCAGCACUAAACAACGUGGAUACCUUCUUUGUGUAUUGAGAACUUCGCCAGAGAUGCUGAGGAACAGAAACAGCUUUUGGUUACAUGCUUUGCUUCCUAGCGGCAUGUUGUUGUUCCAUCGAAACAAAUAUUGCUGAAAAGGUCCAUGUCCCAAGACAAGACUUGGAGAUCUGCUGCUGACCAGCAAUAACUGUGAGUCUAUCCUGUGUGUUCAUGUGUCUUUGCUCAUUUUGCGUAUGUGUGUGCGUGUGAUCUCUGUAACCAAGGACCAAAUAACUACUGAAACUGCGAUGGUCUUAUUCUUAAGCUGUUACUGCCAAACCUUCUAGUGGAACAUCAGAGGCCUCUAAAUAAUCCACCUGUGCUCCUUUGACAGGGUCCUUUUCCCCUUUUCCUAUUCAAAUUUCUACAUUUCCUCCAGUGUUUUAGUCGGCUUGAAGUCAGUGUUCACUGAAUUAACUGCUGACUGAUAUAAUGUCUGUAUAAAACUGUGUCAUCAUGGCUGAACGACAAUAGUCCUGCAUACUGAAGUUUGAAAGCUACUUAAUCAAGCAGUGGAACAGAUUAAACACAAACUGCAAACAAAAUGUUUCCAUUAGCUUUUCUUGUCCAUUUGCACCAAUGAAGUAAUCUUUAAUGAAAUACUUUUGAAUACAGGAUUUAAAUAUAAAACGUAAACGCUUUGUAAAACUACUGUCAGUAAAUACGGAGUUUAACUCAUCAAAUCAUGUAAAUGCCUUUAGUUUCAGAGGCUGAGGCAGCAGUUACUUCUACUCCGCUUAGCUAGGCUUAGCUAGCUAGGCUAAUUAUCCUUUAGCAGGACUAGUUUAACUGGCAUUACCUUUUUUCUGUUAUUAUCUAAAUAAGCUACUGCCUUAUUUAUGUGGUCUAACAAACUCAAAUGCUAAGGUAAGAUGCAGGAACACAUUAAAUUAGCUUUCACCAGCUAGCCUUAACUAGCUAGCUCUGUAAAUUUCUCUUUGGAGAUAAAUAAAGUAUCUAUCUAUCUAUCUUUCUAUCUAGCUUGUAGUCACUGACUGCAGUUUGGUUUUGACCAUCGUUUUUCAAAUUUGAUACGUUGUUUUUUGUAAGCUCUGUGGUAUGAUGAUUUUGUCGAUGGUGAAACGGACGUGGAAAAGUCAGAUUGCGGUCUUGGCUUUGUCCGAGCUUUUAUCUGUGAAUUGACUUUUUAACAGCAGGCAGGAUAGCUGCCACAUGUAGGUUAAAACAUUCAGGUGUCUCAGUGUUUCCCAGACAGCUUCAGCCAAUGACGUGCUGUCAGCAGUCACAAAUAGCAGCAAGGUGUCUGCUUUCAGUUUUCAGACAGUUUCCAAGCAUUUGUAGCCUGGAGUGGUGUUUCAGUUUCCUCCUCCACCUUCAGGCUCCCCUCUGGCUCCUCUGACCUGCAUCUCUUAGAUCUCCAGCAACCAUUCUGUCACUUCCAGGAUUUUGAUUCUUCCCAUGAAAAGGUUACCCACCGAGUAUUUACUUUGCCCGGCUGUGCAACACUUCUAAAGCUGAAGAACGACCCUGGCAGCAAGUGAUUUUAGGAAACCUUUGCAAAAGUCACAAAGCAGCGUAGACGUAAAUCGUUCAUUUGAUGGAAUCAAGCACCUUGUAAUUCUAAAGAAGUUAUAUGAUAUGAUAUGACAUAUCUGUUCCUGUAAGAUGUGUGUGGAUGCUGUCUUAGUGUCUGUGAACUGCACAGUGAAUCAUAUCAAACAUCAAACAUGAGUCUAAAAUGCUAUUAUUUAUUUGUUUUCUUGAUUUUUGACGUUGCUGUCUUCCGUAUCAAUGAGAUGUUGAACUCAUUUCCGUCUAAUGCCUCGUAGCAUCACAGACAAUGUACUGCACGGAAUAUAUGGGAUGGAUUUCUCCAUAAUCAGAGAUGUAUUAUCAGUGCCUGUAAUAAAUCCUGAACUGUGGGUAGUGACUGUUGAAUCAAUCCCUGAUAAAUGCAGACGGUCCCUUAUGUAACCAUUUUAUCAUGAACUACUGUAUCAUGAGUAUCCUUUAAAUUCACUUUAAAAACACUUGCUGCUCUGGUUUGAAUUUUGGACGUAGACAUCGUUAGCGAUGCUAAAAUCAAUGGGACUAAAAUAAUUGCACUGAAAAAUCAAUUUCUGCAACUUUAAAUCAGUUCUUUUCUUAACAUCGUUUGAAAACAGGAGUGAAAUAGUUUAGUUACAAGUUGACUUGCACUUGAAUUGUGAGAUAAAUAAACCCCCAGAAGAAACAAUAUGAGCUGUAAGUAUUCAUAACUGAUAAGAAAUCAGAUGCUGCUUAAAAUCAUAAUGAUCCCUCUCAUUGUAGUUGAAUCUUAUUUUGAAAUUUGACUGUAAAUUUACUGUUGUGUAAAUACGACUCUUUUCUUCCUGCUGAUUCUUUCCUGCACAGUUUCAAGUGGUUAAAAUGUGUGAGGAUGCAUUUUAAAAUAAAACGUGG